GGGUUAUAGCCAGUAACAAUUGACUUAUAACCUACCAUUGAAUAUAUAUUUUAAUAUAUAUUCUGAAUAUUCAUUGUGUAUAUUUGUUUUCUAAAAAAUAUAUUAAUCAUUGUCUCGAAUUAUGUGAUUAAACAUCUUUUUCUUAGUCUAUAUAGUAACUAUUAAAAGGAAAAGGCAAAAUAUACUCGUACUAAAAUUAUAAUGGAUUAACAUAAAAGUAAUAAGGAAGAAUGUGAAGGAGACAACAAUUUCAAAUUCAUUAUAUUUCAUUCAAAUUUUUGCCAUAUAAAUAACGUUAGAAAGGAUUAGAAAAUAUGAAAGCAUUCCCACAAAUUAUUGUAAAAAUUUGUCCAUUUAUUGCAUUGAUAUAUAGUAUAGCUGUUAUCAUUCUAACAACGUAUAUUAAUGAAAAGCUUACUCCAGUUUUCAUCUUUUUUUGUGUUCAAGUAUAUCUAAAUUGGUAUUCGGUAUAUACUAUAAGUCAUAACGCAACAAUUAUGGAAGUUAAAACUAUGGGAAAGAAGUUAUUAAUAUAUAAUGAGGCAGAAGAUAAUGUUGAAUACAAAUAUUGGUAUUGCGAAAAAUGUAUUAAUUAUACAUGCAAACCAACACAGCAUUGUGUUUUUUGCAGGAAGUGCUUCCAUUUUCGUGAUCAUCAUUGUUUUUUCUUGGGUGCCUGUAUAUUAAGACAAAAUAUAGGUAAUUUUAUUCUAUUUUGUUUUUAUACAUCUCUGACAUGUAUAUAUUCAUUGUGUACUCUUGGGCCAUACUUAUAUGACAAUAUUAAUCGUGUAAUAAGAACAGAUACGGAUUCCUUCAAUAUAUUUUUGAAUUUCUGUUUUCCUAUUGCUCUUGUUAGAUUAUUGCAUUCUAGAGAAAGUACUUACAUACUACUUGUAAUAAUGUUUGACAUAUUAGUCUCUAUCUUGUGUAUUUGUUUGGUAUAUGCAACAUGGAAAUUGCAUAGUUGUAUGUCAGGUAAACAACGGUAUGCAAAUAUAUCAGGAAAACAAACUUUAAGAGAAAUUUUUGGAAAUUAUGGUCUUUCAAAUAUUAUUUUCCCAUAUAACGGUCUUAUAGGGACUAGAGACCUUAAUGGGAGAUAUGAAUUAAAGCAAAUAUAAUGCAAAAUGGAAACACUUAUUACAAAAACUAAUUAUUAAAAUAUGUUUAUACAUCUUUUCAUGAAUGUGUAUACAUACAAUGAAAUACACGUUUCUUAUUUACUGUAAA